AUGGAGAACCUGUUGUGGCUUCUGUGUCUGUUUGUCGUGUGUGUGUGCGAGUGUUGGAGCAGUGGGGUGAAUGGACAGGAGGACUUCAUGCUCCUUGCUGGCCCCCUGAACAAACAGCUGGCGAAGAACUCAGACAGUGAGGUGAAUGAUGCUUUUGACUGCAGUCAGCCCAUACCUCCUGGUUCUAGACAGUACUUUGAGUACCUCCAGAGCAGAGGGGUGACCCACUUCAAGAUGCCACUGUCAUGGGCUCAGCUUCUUCCUACAGGCCUCCCCAGCCAGCCCCACCAGGCUGUGGUGACCUGUUACCAGACCCUGCUGAGACAGCUGCUGGAGUCAGGCCUUCAGCCUCUGGUUGUUCUUCAUGGCUCCACUGUGCCAGAGGCUCUGAGGUUACGGUAUGGAGGCUGGGAGAGCAAGGAGCUGGUGGACAUGUUUCAGCAGUACGCAGAGUUUGUGUUUGGGGAGUUUGGAAUGCUGGCACACUCAUGGGUGACACUGAGUGACUUAGGUGACGCUCGGCGUGAUUGGGAGCCUGUGGCUGAUCCCCGGCCUCUGCAAAAUAUCCUGCAGCUCCACAGGAACAUUUACAAGAUCUACCAUCAACAUUUUGGUGCAGAAGGGGGACGUCUGUCAAUUGGUUUGAGAGCUAGUGAUGUGGAAAUGAUUCCUCAGAUUAAAGAUUCAACGACAAUGGAUUUCUUGUCAGUCCACACUGAAUAUAACUGUGCCUCAGCAUCCAAUUUUGCAGAUGAGAUGAGGAGUUUACAGAUGUCCAGUGGGAACUUGCCAGUACUGAUAUACAAGAUGACAGCUCAUGAUUGUUCUUACAGUCAGUUCCAGCUCCUUGGCAAUUUCCUGCAAGUCCUGAACAACAAUGACCUGAACAUUGUGGGAUGUGACAUGAUGGACAUUCUGGGUAAGCUGGGCAUGCAGGAGGAUCAAUUCAGCGUUGCCGAAUACACAGAGAUGACAGAGUCCAGAAACAGUUAUCAGAAUGUGUGGCACAAGUUUGAGGCUCAGACUACAUUGGAGCGUGACCUUUUCCUCAAAGACUCUUUCCCUACAAACUUCCAAUGGGCCACCUCCAGUGAGUCCUUCAAGGUUGAAGGAGGCUGGUCAGAAUGGGGGAAGGGGGAGACCAUUUGGGAUCGCUUUGGUCAUGAAGGCCUGGCCUUUGCUAAUCAGACAGCUGAUCUAGCCUGUGACAGUUUCUACAAGGUGGACUAUGAUGUCUACCUCCUGCGAGGUCUCCAUGUCAACACCUACCAGUUCUCCAUCUCCUGGGCCCGUAUUUUCCCCUCAGGCCACAGAGGCAGCCAAUCAGAGAAAGGGGCUCUCUACUAUGACAAGCUGAUCAAUGCACUCAUUGAGUCUGGCAUACAACCUGUUGUCACUCUCUACCACUGGGAUCUGCCUCAARCACUCCAGGAUCAYGGUGGAUGGACCAACACUUCCAUUGUUGAAGCCUUCAAGGACUAUGCAGACUUCUGCUUCUCCAGGUUUGGAGACAGGGUCAAGACUUGGAACACAUUCAGUAGCCCCUGGGUGGUGAGCCAUGCUGGCUAUGGCACUGGUGAGCACCCCCCUGGAGUAAAGGAUUAUGUGGUUGCCUCCUAUCAGGCCACUCACAAUAUACUCAAGUCUCAUGCUGAGGCCUGGCAUGUCUACAAUGACAAGUACCGAAUGAAACAAGGAGGGAAAGUGGGCAUUGCAUURAAUUCUGACUGGGCUGAGCCCAUGGACCCCUCCAGACCUGAAGACAUAGCGGCUGCAGAUCGCUACCUGCAGUUCAUGCUGGGCUGGUUUGCACAUCCCAUAUUUGUAGAUGGAGAUUAUCCUGCAACACUCAGGACUCAAAUUGAAGAGAAAAGAAGAGUGUGUCCCAAUUCUGAGCCUGCAAGGCUUCCAGYUUUCACUCCUCAAGACAGAAAGAGGAUCCAUGGAACAGCAGACUUUUUAGGGUUAAACCAUUAUACCUCCCGGUUGGUMAACAACAGUGRUGGUGGCUGCACCCCUGGUCCUCAGGGAGUUGGUGAUUUCCAGGCUCAUGUGGAUCCAUCAUGGUCCUCUACAGCUUCUGACUGGAUAUAUUCAACACCAUGGGGCCUUCGAAGGCUUCUAAACUACAUUUCCACAGAAUACUUGAAUGUUACUAAAGUGCCUAUCCACAUAACUGGGAAUGGGAUGCCUASCGAGUACAGUGGGGACACUCUCAAUGAUACCAGCAGGAUAGAGUACAUGAGGAGUUACAUCAAUGAGGCCCUGAAAGCUAUACAACUGGAUGGCGUAAAUGUUCAGCGGUUUACUGUCCAGUCACUCAUGGAUGGUUUUGAGGGUCCACAAGGCUACAGUGAACGGUUUGGACUCCACCAUGUCAACUUUGAUCUACCCGACAGACCCAGGACUCCAAAGCAGUCUGCCUACUUUUACUCUGAAGUUAUCGAGAAAAAUGGUUUUGCUUCCAAAAAACUGUUCUUUCAUGCACCAGAUAAUGCAAAUACGAAGUCAAAUAAAGUUUCCUCAAUGCCACCUUCMACAGUCCCKUCACAAGCCAAGGGUGUCUGGAGGAAAUUCUCUAAWCAAACCAAUUUUCAGAGAAAACUCUACCACUAUGGUGUCUUCCCASAAGGCUUCAGGUGGGGAGUGUCAUCAUCAGCUUAYCAGAUUGAAGGUGGCUGGAAUGCAGAUGGAAAGAAGCCCAGCAUCUGGGAUACAUUCACCCACAAACCUGGCAAUAUUCCUGGUAAUCCUAAUGGAGAUGUGGCCUGUGACAGUUACCACAGACUUGAUGAAGACCUCUACAUGCUGCGAGCUCUGAUGGUGAAGUCAUACAGAUUCUCUCUGUCCUGGUCCAGGAUMUUUCCUGAUGGUCGGCGUACCUCCCUGAACCAGAAURGUGUUGAUUACUACAAUAGACUCAUUGAUGGUCUCUUAGCCUAUAACAUUACCCCCAUGGUGACACUCUAUCACUGGGACCUCCCUCAAGCUUUGCAGGACAUUGGUGGAUGGGACAAUGUAAACAUGAUURAUAUAUUUAAUGACUUUUSUGACUUCUGCUUUAACAMGUUUGGAGACAGAGUAAAGUUUUGGAUGACCUUCAACCAGCCUCAAACAAUUGCAUGGUCAGGAUAUGGACUUGGACAGAUUCCGCCAAAUGUUAAAAAUCCAGGAAUUGCACCAUACAGAGUUGCACACAACCUGAUUAAAGCUCAUGCCAAGGCCUACCACACAUAUGAUGAUAAGUAUCGGACAUCCCAAGGUGGUCUAGUGUCCAUUGCCCUCAAUGCUGAUUGGAUAGAACCUCAAGAUGUUACGGUUCCCAGAGAAGUGGUGGCWGCUGACCGUGCUCUGCAGUUUCAACUGGGCUGGUUUGCGCACCCUAUUUUCAAGAAUGGUGACUAUCCUGAUGCAAUGAAGUGGCAAGUUGGAAACAAAAGUGAACUCCAAGGUCUUUCAGAGUCAAGACUUCCUUCCUUYACUGAAGAAGAAAAGAGCUUCAUCAGGGGAACUGCUGACAUGUUCUGCGUAAAUCACUACACCACAAGGAUUGCAAGCCACGCUACAUUGAGGCUCACACCUCAUUCUUAUGAAUAUGACAGAGAUUUGUCAGAAGCAGAGGAAAGUGAUUCACCAACUACAGCCGUCGGUAACCAGAGAGCUGUUGCCUGGGGUUUGAGAAGACUCCUCAACUGGAUCAAAGAAGAGUAUGGAGAUCCAGAGAUUUACAUUACUGAGAAUGGAGCAGCUACGGGAUCAACGACAACUUGGGAUGACUCUGCUAGAGUAUUUUAUUUCAAGACCUAUAUUGACGAGGCUCUUAAAGCCCAUGACCUAGAUGGUGUGAAGGUGAAAGGAUAUGUAGCAACAUCUCUCAUGGAUUCUUUUGAGUGGCUUUAUGGGUACAGAAUUGGAUUUGGGUUACACCAUGUGGACUUCACCAACCCAAACCGGCCAAGGACACCCAAGUACUCAGCUCAUUUCUACUACCAAGUCAUUAAGGACAAUGGUUUUCCUACGCCAGAUGAUGAUAAGAUGAUUUAUGGACAUUUCCACAAGGAUUUCAUUUGGAGUACUGCAACAGCAUCAUACCAGAUUGAAGGGGGGUGGAGAGCAGAUGGAAAAGGCCUCAGCAUUUGGGACAAGUUUGCUCACACUCCUCUCCGAGUGUUUAAUGAUGACAAUGGGGACAUAGCAUGCAACAGUUACAAUAAAGUUGAAGAGGAUGUUGCUAUAUUGAGGGAACUUAAAGUGACUCAUUAUCGGUUCUCCAUAUCAUGGUCAAGGGUGCUUCCUGAUGGCACCACCAAGCACAUCAAUGAGGCUGGACUCAACUACUACCAUAGACUGGUGGAUGCACUGCUUGCUGCAAACAUCCAACCUCAUAUCACUCUCUUCCACUGGGACCUUCCACAAGCACUGCAGGAUAUUGGGGGCUGGGAGAACGAAACUAUUAUUGUCAAAUUCAGAGACUAUGCAGACCUCAUCUUCAGUCGUCUUGGUCACAAAGUAAAAUUUUGGAUCACUAUAAAUGAGCCAUACAAUGUCGCCAAUGUAGGCCAUGGCUAUGGAGCAGCUGCCCCAGGGAUCAGUUUCCGACCAGGUACUUUGCCCUAUAUUGUGGGUCACAACCUGCUUAAAGCUCAUGCUGAAGCCUGGCACCUCUACAAUGACAAGUACCGAGCCAAACAGAAAGGAAUUAUCUCUAUCACUAUAAACUCUGACUGGUCAGAACCCAGAAAUCCCUACAAGCAGGAGGAUAUUGAUGCUGCAAGACGCGUGGUGCAGUUUUACAUUGGCUGGUUUGCCCAUCCUGUAUUUAAUGGAGACUACAGCAAUAUGAUGAAGACAAUCAUUCGAGAGCGAAGCUUAGCAGCUGGUCUGCCAAAAUCACGGCUACCUGAGUUCUCUCCUGAGGAGAUUAAGAGAAUUAAGGGUACCUAUGAUUAUUUUGGGUUCAACCAUUACACCACUGUGCUGGCGUUCCCUGUGGAUUAUGGAAACCUUCAGCACUAUGAUGCUGAUAGGGGUGCAGGGACCAUCGCUGAUCGCACCUGGCUGGAUUCAGGUUCAUCUUGGCUGAAGGUGUCACCAUUUGGAUUUAGGAGGAUUUUAAACUUUAUUAAGGAGGAGUAUGGGAAUCCACCUAUUAUCAUUACUGAGAAUGGCAUUUCAGAGCGAGGGCCUAUUGACCUGAAUGAUAUUCACAGGAGCUACUACUAUGAAAAAUACAUCAACCAGGUGCUGAAAGCCAACUUGCUGGAUGGUGUGGAUAUCCGGGGUUACACAGCUUGGUCGCUGAUGGACAACCUAGAAUGGGCAACUGGCUUUUCAGAGAGAUUUGGCCUUUUCUAUGUCAAUCAGUCAGACCCUGAGCUUUCUCGUGUGGCCAAGUCCUCUGUUGCCGUCUAUUCCACUAUCAUCAACUGCAACGGAUUCCCUGACCCAACCUCAGGGCCCCAUGAGUGUUUGAACCCUGUGCCUGAAGGGACGAGUGCUCCGAUCACUGAUGACACGGUGAAAUUCCUGGGUAUGAAUCUUUCUACCAGUGACGCUGAGACUGGACUCAAUGUCACAUUUGCUCUCCUGGUUGUUGCAGUGUUUGGGGCUAUGUGUUCAUCUUUUUGCUUCUUUAGGGCAAAAAAAACAAUCUAAGACAAUUGUCAAAAUACCUGCAUGUUAAUAAAGUAGAAGUUGAAAUAUGUUUAGAUAUUUAUAGCAGGCUUUUAAAAGGCUAUGAUCUUGUCAUGAAAACAUGAUUAAACAAAUGUAUUUUAUUUUGCUGUAAUUCAAUAAUAUAUCUAAUAUCUUACUGCUGCUCUCACUACUCAAUUAUGAAUCUCCAAUUAUUUGACUCUCUGCUAAACUGAUCCUGAACACACUGAAUCUCAUAACAUCUGGCUGUGAGUCUGUUUUUAUGGCAGCUCGGUUAAAAAUAUUUUGUAUCCAUCGUUUGUGGAUGAUUCAAUCAUUUAAGAAAUAAA